UACUCCAAUUUUCGUCUAAAAUUUCUUCAUUUUAGGCGUGAAUUGAGUUUUCAUUUUUCACGAUUUUCAGUAUUUGCUUUAUGAAUUUGAUUACUUUGUGUUUGUUUGUUUACUUAAUUUUACAUCCCCAGAUUCAGAAAUGACAUUCUAAGAAAAAUGGAGUUGAAGAAUUUUUUUGGGGCUGUUUAGGGUUUUAACUUCAAAAUUUAGGUUUAAGAGGAGACUAAUACCGAGAUGUGGGAUGUAAAAAGGCCUCAUUUUCUUGUGGGUUUUAACCCUUCAAUCCAUUCUGAAACAUUGAAAAUUCCAUCAAAAUUCGUUAAACAUAUGGAAGGAAGAGCUUCUGGAACAGCAUUUUUGGUGGGUCCCAGUGGAAAUUCUUGGCCUAUGGACUUAAUACAGCAAGAUGAUGGUUUAUUCUUCCACAACGGAUGGGGUUCAUUUGUUAAAGAUCACUGCCUUGAAAAUGGGGAUGCUUUGGUUUUCAGAUAUGACGGUGAUUUGCAUUUCAGUGUGCUAGCAUUUGAUGAAAGUUCAUGUGAGAAGGAAGCUGCUUAUAACGCUGACUGCAGUCAAGGAGCAACAAACUUGUACAAUCUUGCUUUGACAAAAAGAGACCGAGGAAACUCAGCUUUACUAGAAUGCGUUGUUGAAGGUGUUCCUAAGAAAAUGCGAAGCACUCAGAUCCCUUCCGAAUGCACAGCAUGCUCAAAUGGAAGAAUUUAUGCUUCUAGCUUUCUGAAUGAAAUGGAGAAUGCUGGAAAUGCAUCAACCAAUACAGUUACCAUUGCUGUGCCAUCUCAAACAGAGAUUGUCUGCAGUAACUCAGAGGUGAAAACAGGCAAUGGUACCUCUGAAGAACCUAUGUGGUUGACUGCUCAAGAAGCAGAAAAGGUUGCCCGUUCGUUUACCUCGAGUUUCCCCAACUUUACGAAAGUUAUGAAGAGGUUCAAUGUUAGUGGUUCAUACACCCUGAACAUCCCUUAUCAAUUUGCCACAGAACACCUACCCAAAUGCAAAGUGAAGAUUUUACUUCACAAUUUAAAAGGAAAAACUUGGACCGUGAAUUCAAUCCCGACUACAAGAGUACAAACAUCACAUACCUUUUGCGGAGGGUGGUUAUCCUUUGUUCGCGACAAUAACAUUGAUUUGGGAGAUAUCUGCAUCUUUGAGCUUGUCCGCAAGUGUGAAUUACGCGUGCAUGUUCUGAGGGUGGAAAAGGAAGGAAAUGAUUACAGUAGUAAGCAGGUAGCAAAGGCCAAGACAUAUGAUAAAAAAGGAUCCGCUCAUGGAAAAGAGAAACAUGGUAAUAUGUUGAAGAGUCAUCAGCUCCUUUUGUCAAAGAUUAGCAGUGGAGAUUCAGUAAUCAGGAUACCUGCUCAGGAUAAACAGGGUUCUUUCACCAAGAGCUGCAUGUCAAUGAAAUCAGUACCUGAAGAGAAAUUAGCUGCUGAAUCUUUCAAUUCUAAUUUUCCUCAUUUUGUACGAAUCAUGAAAAAGUUCAAUAUUAGUGGCUCGUACACUCUGAAAGUUCCAUAUCAGUUCUCAAUGGAACACCUCCCAAACUGCAGAACGGAGAUCGUGCUUCGUAACUUGAGAGGAGAAUGCUGGACUGUAAAUUCAAUUCCGACUAUGAAGGUACAAACGCUGCACACAUUUUGUGGAGGAUGGUCAGCAUUUGUCAGAGAUAAUGACAUCCAGAUGGGAGAUAUCUGCAUAUUUGAGCUAGUUGGGAAAUAUGAAAUGCGUGUACAUAUAUGUGCAAUUGGGAAGAAGGGGUUAGAUUACCGAAACGGGAUAACUUCUAAUGAGUCGGCUAUCCUUGCGUCCUUGACAAGCUAGAGACAUUUGAUGUAACACGCAAAAGAAUGCAUAAUACAAGGCCUGGCUUUUUGCAGGAAGUGGAUACACUGGAUCAGAAAAGGAAUACACGUAAAUGUUAUGGAGAAGCUUAAAGUAAAUCAUCAAACAUUUGACCAGGUUGGACAUAGCUUCAGUACUUAGAUGUUCUGUUCUCAGUGUUUCCUAAGCUCUCAUGUUCAGACUUUGUGUUAGUUUAAAUACUGUGUGAAAAUCUUCUCAUUUUCUUAGUAUGGUAGAUUUCCCUUUGUAAAUAAUUCAUGUGUCUGUAGUUAGUUUAAUUGCCAGGAAACAUCUGCUGUUGUCUGUAUAUGUAAAAACAGAAAUUGGGACAAUUUAGAAUGAGAAAUCGAAGUUUCACUCAGCUGAAAUGAGUUCGGA